AUGGCUACCAGCAAGAACAAGACUGGUGGACAAACCACCAAGAAUUUCCAUGUAUUUUCCUACAAAGAAUUAAAAGCUGCCACUAAUGGAUUCCGUUCAUCCAACAAGAUUGGAGAGGGAGGAUUCGGCACUGUCUACAAGGGCCGGCUUGGAGAUGGAACUUUUGUGGCAGUAAAAGUGCUAUUGGUUGAGCUUGAAUCAUUGAGAGGUGAAAGGGAGUUUAUAGCUGAAAUAGCUUCACUCUUCCAUAUCAAACAUGAAAAUCUUGUUACACUUCGAGGGUGUUGUGUUGAAGGAGCUAAGAGAUUUUUGGUGUAUGAUCAUAUGGAAAACAAUAGCCUUGCUCACACCUUUCUUGGUGGAGAGAAAAACAGGAUGAGAUUUAGCUGGACACUGAGGAGGGAUAUCUCAUUAGGAAUCGCUCGUGGACUUGCCUAUCUCCAUGAAGAGGUCAAUCCCCACAUCGUUCAUCGGGAUAUUAAGGCCAGCAAUAUACUACUUGAUCAGAAUUUUACACCAAAAGUUUCGGAUUUUGGUCUGUCGAAGCUAUUCAGCGAUAACAUGUCUCACAUUAGUACUCGUGUUGCCGGGACAUUAGGCUACCUUUCUCCAGAAUACGCCAUUAGUGGACAUUUAACGCGGAAGUCAGAUGUUUACAGCUAUGGAGUACUGCUAUUGGAGAUGGUCAGUGGCCGAUCAAUCGUUGAUUUUGAUUUAGAACGUGGGGAGCAGUUCCUAGUUGAUAAGGCAUGGGAGAUGUACAACGCCAACAACCUCUUGCAGCUAGUGGACCCUGUACUAAAAAGAGAUUUUCCGGUAGAAGAAGCAGUCCGAUUCUUAAAAAUUGGCCUGCUCUGCGUGCAAGAGAACACCAAGCUCCGCCCUCCCAUGUCCACAGCCAUCAAUAUGCUGACAAAUAUGAUUGACAUUGAAAACAUCAAGGUUUCGCAACCUGGACUUGUUGCCGAUCUCAUGGAUGUUAAAAUAGGCCAGAAGAACUCUUCCCGGAAAAGUAGCUUUUUCUCCUAGGCGUCCACCGGUAUGAAAAUAUAGAGCGGCCGUGCGGUGGCUGUCGAGGCUAGCUUGGACCAGGCAAUUGUAUUUGUCUUGAAAAUGAAUCAAAAAUUCUAUUUUUUUU